CUCAUUCUUGAUCAACUUCCCAUCUUUUUUUCAUCCGUUCAUCAUUUCCUUUUUGUUGUCGGAAUUCUCUUUUUGGAUUCGACAUUCUUACUUCCUCGUCACUCUCUUUUAACUGCCAGAACGGCUUCUUUCUUGAUUACCAUUUCCGAAUAAUCAUACUCACGCUCUUUUAAUAGAAUUAGCAUCCGGCUGGUGUGACCUUGCUCGACGUUAUACCAACCUGCUUAUACCACAUAUCGAUCACUUACCCGAAAAUCGAUAAUCUAUAUUCGCCAACAUGAAGGUUUCCGCCACCCUCGCUGCUGGUGCCCUUGCCCUCGGCGUUGAGGCCAAGAACUACCUCGGUUUCAACUCUGGUGCCACCCUCGCCAACCGAGCCGCCAAGUUCAAGGCCGACUUCCAGGCUGAGUUCGAGACUGCUCAGAACCUGAAGAGCGCUCCCGGUGACUUCAGCGCUGUCCGACUCUACACCAACAUCCAGGCUUACUCCGAGGAUGACCCCAUCGAGGCUUUCGAGGCUGCCAUCGACACCAAGACCGAGAUCCUUCUCGGUGUCUGGACUUCCGGCACAGACAACAUCGACAAGGAGAUCAGCGCCCUCAAGAAGGCCGUCGACAAGUACGGCUCCAAGCUGACCGAUCUCGUCAUUGGUGUCUCCGUUGGUAGCGAGGAUCUCUACCGUAACUCUGUUACUGGUGUUAAGAACAAGGGUGGUGUCGGUGUUCAGCCCGAUGCCCUCGUUGACUUCAUCAACGACUUCAAGAAGGCUUUCAAGGGUACCCCCAUUGGCAAGAUCCCUGUCGGUCACGUCGACACCUGGGACGUCUGGGGCAACGCUACCAACAAGGCCGUCCUCGACGCCAUCGAUUUCAUCGGUGUGGAUGAGUACCCCUACUAUGAGAACGACAAGGGUAACAGCAUCGACAACGCUGCCAAGCUCUUCAACAAGGCGUACGAGGCCACCAUCGCCGCUUCUGGUGGCAAGCCUGUCUGGGUCACUGAGACUGGCUGGCCCUACAAGGGUCCCGACUGGGAUGAGGCUGUUCCUAGUGUGAAGAACGCUCAGAAGUACUGGCGCGACGUUGGCUGCAAGUACCUCUUCAACAAGACCCCCACCUUCUGGUACACUCUCCGCGACUCCAACCCCGACAACAAGAUGAAGUUCGCCAUCACUGAUAACCUCUCCACCACUCCUCUCUUCGAUCUCUCUUGCGACAAGGUUGACGAUGAUGAGGAGACCUCCAGCUCUGCCGUCCACUCCAAGACCAAGACCGAGUCUGGUGCUUCCAAGCCUACCCACGGUUCUAACUCUACCGCUACCUUCAUCACCUCUACUGCUUCUGCUACUAGCGGCUCUGACGAUGAUGAUGAGGAAGCUACUGGCACUGCCACCGCUACUGGCUCUGGUUCUAAGCCUACCUCUGGAUCCAGCUCCGGUAGUGACUCAGGCUCUGGCUCUGGUUCUGGUUCCGAGGGUUCUGGAUCCAGCUCUGGCUCCGGUUCUGAGUCUGGUUCCGGCUCUGGCUCCGAGUCUGGCUCUGCCCCUGCUGAGACUCCCAGCACCAUCACCAACGGUGCUGCUUCUCUCGGCGUCUCCACUGUCGCCCUUGCCUUCCUCGCCCUGUUCGCUUUGUAAAUAUCCUAAAUGGAUCGUGGGUUGAAUGACGCCCAUUGCGUGUCUUGACUUUUUUUCUCGCGCCCGAGAUCUAUUUCUUGUAUUAGUUAUGGGUAGAUUAGGAUAGACAAUGGUUGACUCUAUUUUCUUCUAACUUCGUGAGCAAGCGUGACUUUUCUUAGAACCUUCGUGCUAUAUUCAUUGUUGACUCUGCCGACUGAUAACGGUUUACAACGGCUUUCAUUGAGGCUUCAUCCCCGCAAAUCUAAUUGGCCCGUAGCUUAAGUGGGGCCGCGUACUUCAUCCCAACUCAGGUGUGAUAACACAAAGACAAGCAUCAGAGCAAAAAGGAACAAAGUCACAACAUGGAGAGCAGAGAGAGCAAAAGAAAAGGGUCUGGCCGGGGAUUGAACCCGGGACCUCUCGCAAGCUAUGCUAUAGGGUUUUCCCUAAGCG